AUGCACAAGGCCAUGGACUAUUCGGGAUGCGUCUACACCGACACCAGGUGCAGCUGCGAGAGGAACAAAAAUGUCAACAAGGUUUUGAAGCCGUGCAUCACGGCGCACUGCACCUGGGAGGAGUGCACCAGGGUCAAGAAACAGUUCAAGGCGGCGUGCGAGGAGCUCCUGGCCGAUUCUUAA